AUGAAACGUCAAAUUUUGCGUUUCCUUCCUAUUUGGACCACUCGAGGUCGCUGUGUUGCCUCGCAGUGUAAGGCCACCUUCUUUAAUAUUUCCGCAAGCUCGUUAACGUCCAAAUGGGUUGGGGAAGGUGAAAAACUCGUUCGAGCGCUGUUUUCUGUUGCACGUUUGAAAUUACCCAGCGUCAUUUUCAUUGACGAGUUGAAUUGUUCGCAGGUUGAUUCUCUCCUUUCAUCGCGUUCGGAAUCAGAACACGAAUCAUCUCGUCGAAUCAAAACUGAAUUUUUGGUACAGUUGGAUGGUGUAGCGACAAACACAGAUGAGAGGCUACUAGUUUUAGCUGCUACGAAUAGACCUCAAGAAUUGGAUGAGGCAGCGCGCCGACGCUUUGUAAAGCGCCUUUACAUCGCUCUACCUGAGGCUGAUGCAAGAUUGACUAUUGUGAAAAAUCUGCUUGCUGACAUGAAACAUAAUCUUGAGGAUGCGGACCUCGAUGAAGUGGCGAAAAUAACCGAAGGGUAUUCCGGAGCUGAUAUGCGGCAGCUUUGUGCAGAAGCCGCUAUGGGACCCAUUCGGGACAUUGACAAUUGUUCUUCUAUGGAUAUUGAGACGAUAGAGGCUGAGGAGAUUCGACCAAUCUCCUUAUCGGACUUCAUUAAUGCCGCUCAAGUUGUUCGUCCCACAGUUGUUGCCGAGGAUCUAGAGGCGUACAAAGCUUGGGACGCUAAAUUUGGUUGUCUUCUUUGA